AUGGUGUACGAUUGGGAGGGCAAGAGGGAUGUCUGCUACAGGAUGUACAUCGAGGAGAAGAAGCCGCUGGAGGACAUCAUCGAGUACAUGCGGGCAUUUCACCAGUUCUCUCCCAGCAAACGCGCGUUCCAAACCCAGUUCAAGCGAUGGGGAUUCCCUUCAAAGCAGAAUCCAGCAUAUAAAAGGGCAGAACUUGUGGCGCGCAUCAAGCAGCUAUGGGAGAACAAUACGUCGCAGCGCGAUAUGAUUCGUAUCCUUAACGCAGAAGGGUACGAAGUCAAGGAGCGCGAAGUAAUGAGGGUACGGGCAAAGUAUAGGUGGCUACUACGGGUUCCCAAUGGCAUGAGACCCGCCGUCACCGCUGCUACUUCCUCGGUGACGGGCUCUGCCUUAUCUGCGCCUGGUAAUGAAGUUCAGCAGCAGCCGGAGAGAGGACUGAUAGAGAUUCAGAGAGACACACCCAAGGGGGUAGCAGCAGCUCCAGGGAGCGAGGGGAUACAAGGGCGAGCUGACAGGGAAGCCGAUGACGGUGCAAAUGGUGGUACUAGUGCCGGUGCCAAUGCUACAUCUCCUACUGCCUCUAUUGUACCAGAGAAUACCAAUGCUAGGCGCAAGGAGAGGCUAGAGAAGCUAAAAGCUGAGAGCGAGGAAAGAUGGGCUACCAAGAGACGUCGACGGCGCACUCGCGAAUGGGCAGGAUUACCACCAGACCCUCCUGGUCCUCCUCGCUUUCCGUCAGAGACGACAAUAGAUCAGAGCAAGAAGUAUCUGGGCCUGGAUAAUGACAGUUAUCGCGGGGUCCGGGAGGCAUUCCAGCGGAUAUGCGAGGAGGCUGGGCUCAUCAAGAAAACCCUUGCCGGGCCUGAAAAAUGGCAGAUGGCGAAGGACAGACUUAUCAACGAAUCCACGCACCUCCAGACAGUGUUUUGGGGUGAGCCUGUUCUCCUCGAUGCAAAGGCUUUGGCCCUUGAUGUCGUUUGCACCGACGUUACGAAGCGGAUGCGUACCAUUGAACGACGGAUGACAAUUGCAGAAGCCAAAAACGCACUGGGGAUAAACCCUGAGGAAAGCAGGCAGGUUAGAAACGCAUUCUACGAGAUGCUCAAGGCCAGCCAUGUUACCAGCAAGCUUGAAGCUGGGAACGAGCAGUGGAUGGAACUAAAGGACCAGUGGAUCAGGGAAUCGGAACUCCUUCAGCAUAUCCUGAACUCACCCAGCACGGGUAUUGAACAUGCAACGAGACUUAAGGCUGUGGAGGUCCUCUGUCGAGACGUGAUGAAGAGACUACGGGAUGACCAGACCAAGCGUGAUUCCUCUCGAAAGAGGCCUCAUCCGGGAGCCAGCACGCCGAAGCCAGCGCCGUCAAGGCAGGAACAACUAGUAACACCAACAUCUUCCAGGCCUACAGCCACUUGCAUCCCGAACCGCAUCAGUACGCUGGCAUCAGAAGCUCUUGCGAGUGCACCCACCGUUCCCCCUGGCGAAGUUCCUGAUAUACAGGUCGACCCGUCUCUGCUUCAGGCUGCCGCAGAUGGCCAUUCUUCUCUAGCUUCGGACUCAACCACCCAUCAACCUUCCACUGCCACCACCGCCACCACCACCAGCAGCCCACAUGCUCUCAGCUAUGUUGAUCCUAGCCUUCAUGCUCCAGUGAACCCAAGGCCCCUGUACUUCCACAUACACCCACAGUCGUCUCCUCCGUGUCUCGAAGACCCUGAUCCGUGGAUUGAUAAGCUCACUGUCCCGUCCGUAGCUGGGUUGCGCAGCAUGAUCCUGUCCAGAAUCAAGAAUGCACAGGAGGUGGUGAGAAUUGAAGGCAUCGACACAGCGGGCCGUAGCCAGGGCCAGCAGCCGCAGCAUCCGGUAGUUAUUAGUGACGAUACCGAGCUCAAUGCAUAUCUGCAGCGCAUGAAAGGGUUCGAGGCGACCUUUAUCGUGCUGCUGCGUUGA